UCUCUUUGCCCCGCCUGUUCCUGUGAGGUAAUCAAUCAGCGCGGAGAGGGCGUAGUUUUGAGUUGUGAAUUUGGCUGUGGUCGGCGGAUAGACAAUAUACGAGUGACAUCAUGUCUCAGCAGCGGGCUUUACCUCAGAGUAAGGAGACUUUGCUCCAGUCCUACAACAAGCGACUAAAGGACGAUGUUAAGUCCAUCAUGGACAAUUUCACCGAGAUCAUCAAAACUGCUCGGAUUGAAGAAGAACAUCAAGUCUCACGCUCAACUCAAGGAGAGCAGGAUAAUUAUGAGAUGGAUGUCCGAGCUGCUAACAUAGUGCGCGCAGGAGAGUCUCUCAUGAGGCUGGUCUCCGAUCUGAAACAAUACCUCAUUCUGAAUGAUUUUCCCUCUGUGAAUGAGGCCAUCAAUCAGAGGAACCAACAGCUGCGAACGCUCCAGGAUGAAUGCGACAAAAAGCUAAUUUCUCUGCGGGACGAGAUUGCCAUCGAUCUUUAUGAGCUGGAAGAGGAAUAUUACUCGUCCAGCUACAGUGUGUGUGAGCCAGGCGACCUCCCGCUGUGUGAAGCCUACUGGAACUGCGACAGUCUGGACUCCUCGCCUCCGGAUUUCUCUUCGCCAUUGGUAUCAGCGGAGACCACUUCCAGCAAUAACCAAAUUCACGCAUCUCCUCACCUAAAUGGCGGAGGCAUGGCCGAGCACAGCUGAGUUAUUGUUGACCGAUUCUACAUCCAGAUUCAUCAGCUGCAAGAACAUAGUCACUAAAGACUCACAGCUGCCCCUUUCAUUCCACAAUCACGCGCAGGUAAUGAUAUUCGACAGCCUCUUUAAUCAGGCAGAUGCAAAAUCUGCUGAUUGAGGUU